AGUGCUUUUAUGUCUUUCCUUCCUGGAUUCGAUGUUUCGAAACGAAGAUCAUUGUUUUGACAGUAGAUUCGGGGAUAAAUGCUACUCAAUAAAUCUAUUACAGCUUGGAUCGGUCAGAUUUUCGCAUGCAUGGGCGAACUUGAAUGAUAAGAAGAACCCUAAAUCUUAUUGGACCCUUCUAGUUUCAUUCCUUGCUUGACGUCGAAGACCGUUAUUCUAUUCGGUCGAAGACUUUGCUUAGCCAUCGCAAAGAGACCCUCAAUUUUGGCGCUUUAGACGCUGGCUGUUGAUGCGAGUGGAGAGUUGUUUUUCGAAGAUUUUCUACGGUUCGUUGCUGGGGUCUGUUGGGUUUCACCCGGAUGUUUCUAUCGAUGGAGAUGUUUAGGAAAAAAUGGAACGCUUUUUUCAGUAGCAGAGGUUGUCUUGGAUGCUGUACUAAGCCCGCACCAAUUAUUGCUGUCGAUGAACCAUCAAAGGGACUGAGGAUUCAAGGCCGAACAGUAAAAAAACCCAGCAUUUCAGAAGACUUUUGGAGCUCCAGCACAUGUGAAAUGGAUAACAGUGCAGUACAGUCUCAGAGCUUCUCGUCAAUCAGCACAUCAAAUCAGACCCUUGAUCCCCAUGGUGGAUCUUCCAGCUCGAGCAACCCUCCUGAGUUUGUGAAUCAUGGUCUUCUUCUCUGGAAUCAAACUAGGCAACAGUGGGUUGGACAUAAAAGGCCUGAGAAUCGGACACAGCAGGUUCGAGAACCCAGAUUAAGUUGGAAUGCAACUUAUGACAGUUUACUUGGGUCCAACAAGCCCUUCUCCCAGCCUAUCCCUCUCGCCGAAAUGGUAGAUUUUCUUGUGGACAUAUGGGAGCAAGAGGGGAUGUAUGACUGAGACUAAGAAAGCUGGAUGGACUACAUCUAGAAGUUUUCUGGAGGUAAGGAAGCGUCACCAUUGUAACAAGUAUUAGAGCUUUAGGUGUCAGCAGAAAACAGAGGGCUCUCUCACAAUUAACUGUUACGUUAUUGACAUGCUACUCUGAACCCGACCUUUCAGUUGGCAGGUCCUUCUGAACAUGAUCUUAUAUCUAUUCUUAUAAGGAGGGAAGGUGAUCGGGUAACCUCUAUCCCCAAUUUCUGGUGGAUGCAUGAUGAAGAUACCCUUAAAAUGUGUCAAUUAUUAUAAACGACCCCUUUUUAUCAAAUUUGAAGAGAAAUAUAUCCCUUUAGUUACUUUUGGUU